ACAUGGUCAGCUGCCGGUGAGUCGUGGUUCUCUUUCAGCACCGCUUCUCGCAGAGCCUUCGGGACGCACAUCCUCCUCGUCCCGCCCUGCAAACCACAAGCUCCAUCGGGCAACACUGGAUCCCAGUGGCGCGACGAUGAGGUCCCCUUCAACCGCACCCUGGACUCAAUUUUGGUGCCACGCGUCGUCGGCAGUCGGGGACAUCAACAGGUGCGCGAGUACCUGGUCCAAUCGCUGAGCGGCCUUGGCUUCCAGACGGAAGUGGAUGAGUUCAGGCAGCGAGUUCCAGUUCUCGGAGAGCUUACGUUCGCCAAUGUUGUGGGUACCAUCAAUCCCCAGGCCCACAACUUCCUGGCUCUGGCCUGCCACUACGACAGCAAGUACUUCCCCAACGACCCGGGAAUUGUGGGGGCCAUCGACUCCGCGGUGACCUGUGCCAUUCUGCUGAACACCGCCAAGACCCUGAGUGGGUAUUUGCAGAAAGAGUUUCUCAAUCGUAGCGACGUGGGACUUAUGCUCAUAUUCUUCGAUGGCGAGGAGGCCUUUAAGGAAUGGACCAGUGCUGAUUCCGUUUACUGCUCAAAGCAUCUGGCAUCGAAGCUGGCUAAGACGCGCAGUGGCUCUUAG